CCAGACUCUGCCGAUCCACCGUCAUUCAGGGGGAAUUGAUUGGACGCGUUCCUGACAGCUCCUUAAUUUUUUAAUGAAAUUAACUUCCCUAGGGACACAAAAUGUAGCUUUUAUUGGAGGUGUCUCCUACUAAUCUAUCCUUGACUCUUCAUUGAACAGUGGUCAAUCUCGGUGUGUCUCCGCAUUCCCAUCGACCUCUGAAUUUAACAAAAGCGAUCACAUUACCGGCCAAAAGACUGGAGACUGAUAGCAUCUGCAGAAAGCGUGGAUGUCUUGAGAGGUGACAUCCAACAAAUCAGCCGCAAACAAGGGGCCAUGGGGUUCCAAACUGGAGGUGGAACCGAUGAAGGCGCUUCUCCAUUCUCUCUCCCGGAUGGUGCUUGAUGCAACCCCGUCCGGACCUGUUUCGGUUAACCCUCGUUGGGUCCUAGGUAGCAACAAAACACCUUGCAUGAAGUCAAAUGGAGACUCCUCUUUGCCCCCCCAUACAUGACUGUACAAUAAUAAUUGGAAAUAACCCUAAUUACCGCGGGAAUACAUCCAUACAAUAGCUCAUGUCAAUGCAAGGGGCCGCGGUCCCUGUCCAACCCGCCAUCGCCCCAAAAUGCCAGAUCGAUCUCACUCAUGAAGCCUAUUUCGCCAUACCACGGAAAUAUUCUCCCGAAAAUGAUCGACUUGGUUAUCGCGUUGUGGUUGAUCUCGAUGUUGUUCCGGAUCUGUCAAAUGUUCACAGCAAACUUCAAUGGAAGUAACAGAUCAUUGAAAAUCGAUCCACGGUUCAACACGGGAAUCAUUCUGUUUUUCCUUCGAGAAGGAUUGCUCGAACCACGGAACCGGCCGACUUGGGAAAUCGAUCGAUCCACCCUGCAAUCAUUAAAGUGAAAUUUCUGCAUCGAGGCAACGGCCAUGUCCGAUCGUCGUGAUGUCAGUUAGACGUUUCGGCGAUUUCACUACCUUAUACCGUGGGGUAUCCACAGCCCGGAAGGCUGAAGUCCAACUUUUGGUGCCUACAGGGUAUUGACACCCAAAGGAUCCUUGUCUUUCUUGCCUAUCUUGCCACCCUCUGAAUGGGGCCCAAGUUACGCUGGCGAGACAUUUCAAUUACAACUCAAAGAAGCGAGAAAAAAAA